CACCAGCACAUCACGGGCGAUCCGAACGAGGCUGGAAAACAGCGAAAGGCACAAUGUAUAAAGCAUGAAAAGCAUGUGGGAGAGAACAGAAAUGACUGCUGCUUCAAGAACUUGUAUGCAUACAAGCAUCAACACGGCAGUCUUGCACUUCUGACAAGAUCUCACUGUCACAGGCCGGGGAGGGGAAAGGGUCGAGAGCCGCACAAGAUGCAGAGAGCUUGACAUUUUCAAAAGACGAUAACAAAUCUUUUUUUAAUAAACACAUGGCUAAAGGUCUGCAAUUUCCCAAAUGACAGGAGAAUAAUUGAAUUUGUCAUUAGCAUGUUGAUAAUAGUAUAAACAGCAUGACAUUUUCAGGGACAUUCACCAAAAUAUGCACAUCCUCACAUUGUUUGCAGAGGACAGAUGAGAGGGCAAGGGCGAAAAACUGGUCAUUUCUUAGCACAAGUAUGAAAUUAUUAUUAUUAUUAUUAUUAUUAAUUAUUGUAGUUAGUUGUAUUGUUUUGGGAAAUACAUAUAUUUUGCUCAGUUGAUAGGCAGAGUUGGGUUUUUGCUCACUGUAUGAAGUUGAGAAUAAUUUCACUGAUUAUACCACUGAUUUAUGUCAGUGGUCUUCACUGGGCUUGUGUUUAAACAUUAAUGGAACGGGUCAAAAAUGGUAAUAUUUCUUCCCUAUGCUCAUGGAUCGCACCUUUCUGCCAUUUUAAAUCAGCACAACGCAGACCGGCUCCACGCUCGUGCGCCUUUAAGGCUGCUAACAAAUAUGACCGACGGCAAAUUCGGACCAAUGAGAAGCUGCAGCCGAGACUGACAGUUGCUCAGGACCAAUAGGCGUGACACAACUUCGUUUUCGUGUUGGCAUCCGGACCUAUCAGUGAGCACAAAGGGGGCGGGAUGUGAACGGGUGGGUAGCAACAGUUGCCCGGGUGAGGACGAAGCGCCAUAGCCACGGUAGUCCUGGCGACAAGAGCCCAGCAACAAGAAUCAACAACAACAGCCCGAUUCAUUGAAACGCUAAAAAAAAAAAAUCAAACAUAGCGGUGGAAAAGUCACCCGGAUUAAAAGCGUUUCAGCCAGGUGAUAUCGAUGGCGACUCCAGCCUACGUCGGGGAGCUGCAGCAGACCUCCCAGCCUGCAGCAGGCGCUGUAACGGUUACAGCGGGCCAGCCUGUCGUUGUCACCACCGCGGCUCCUCAGCAGUACCUGUCAGAGCUGCAAAACACAGUCACCUCUGUCUCAGCAUCGGCGACCUCUGGCCAGGUCACUCCACCUCCUGCGCAAACCCCGCCCACACCAGCCCCGCCCACACAGACUCAGUACGUCCCAACUGAGAUGCAGAAUUCACCGACGCAGUCCAGCAAUGCUCAAAACACCCCACAGUACAUCGUGGUUACGGUUACAGAGGGCUCCAUCCAUUCCAGUGACUCAGUUUCCGAUUCCAGCCCUCCACCUGCAGUAGUACAGACUGGAGUUCCCACUCAGGUGGUACAGCAGGUGCAAUCAGCUCAGCAGAGGUCUGUGGUCCAAGCCACAUCUCAGCAAACCAAGACUGAACAGGGCACACAAAUGAGCGUCACCAGCCUACAGCCUGUACACUUGACUCAGGAGCAGCUGCAGCAGGUACCUGUGCAGCAUGUCUACACUAACCAGGUGCAGUAUGUGGAGGGAGACACAAGCUACACUACCAGCACCAUACGUUCCGGCAGUUUUGUGUACACUGACAGUCCCUUGUACACUCAGACCAGUGGUGCUCAGUAUUAUGAAAGCACCAGUGUCAGUGUUUCUUGCUCCCAGGCUGCGUCUCCUGUGAAUACGGGCUUUGUGACAGAGACGGGGCAAAUUGUGACUAGUGCCACACCUGGCACAGGGGGUGGAGCCACAGCAGUAAUUGCAGUGUCAGGUACGGCCUCUAACGGCUCCGGGGAUGGAGGAGGCGGAGCUAAUGGUAGCAGUGGUAGCUACGUGAUUCAGGGAGGCUACAUGCUCAGCAGUGGCGGAGGCACCAGCAGCAGCAGCAGUGGAAACGGCCAGAGUUACACGCAAAAUGCUCGCGUCUCCCCGGCCACCGUGAGUAUUAGCGAGGGAGAGGAGAAUAGCGUGCCGUCCGCAGACAAAAAGCUGUCCUCUGGCCCUCAGGUGCAGUGGUUGUUGGAUAAUUAUGAGACGGCAGAGGGUGUGAGUCUGCCACGCUCCACUCUCUACUGCCACUACUUGCUGCACUGCCAGGAGCAGAAGCUGGAGCCUGUGAAUGCUGCCUCCUUUGGAAAACUCAUCCGCUCUGUCUUUAUGGGCCUGAGGACGAGGCGCCUGGGUACUCGAGGGAACUCAAAAUAUCAUUACUAUGGGCUGAGAAUUAAAGCAAGCUCCUCUCUGCUCCGGCUGAUGGAGGACCAACAACACCUGGCAAUGAGGCAGCAGCCCUUCUCCCAAAAACAGAGGCUGAAGCCAGUACAGAAGAUGGAAGGAAUGACCAACGGGAUGUCGUCAGGGGCGGGACAACAGCAGCAACAACAGAGUUCAGGGUUGUCUGACAUCAGUGCCCAGGUGCAGCAGUACCAACAGUUUCUGGAUGCAUCCCGUGCUCUCCCAGAGUUCCCUGAAAUUGACUUGCAGGGCAAACCUUUGCCAGAGGGCAUUGAGCUGGAACACAUUAAGAGCUUUCAGCUACUCUACAGAGAGCACUGUGAGGCCAUCCUGGACGUUAUGGUAAACCUGCAGUUCACACUGGUGGAGACACUGUGGAAAACGUUCUGGAGGUUUAGCGAGAGCCAGGCAGGAGAUCCGGCCACACUGUCUGUUCAUGAUGAGUCAGAGAAGCGGCUGCCCAAGUCAUGCCUCGUGGUGCUGUGCAAAUAUGAUCCGGCGCUGCGUUGGAGCCGUGACUGCGACAACACCCUCUACCAGGGCCUGGUGGAGAUCCUCAUCCCAGACGUACUGCGACCCAUACCCAGUGCCUUAACUCAAGCCAUCCGAAACUUUGCCAAGAGUCUGGAGAGCUGGCUGACUAACGCUAUGAUGAACAUUCCAGAGGAGAUGGUCCGCAUCAAAGUGACAUGUGCGAAUGCCUUUGCACAGACCCUGCGCAGGUACACCUCUCUGAACCACCUGGCCCAGGCUGCCCGUGCUGUGCUACAGAACACUGCGCAGAUCAACCAGAUGCUCAGCGACCUCAACCGAGUUGACUUUGCAAACGUGCAGGAGCAGGCCUCUUGGGUGUGUAGGUGUGAGGAUCGUGUUGUGCAGAGGUUAGAGCAGGACUUUAAGCUCACCCUGCAGCAGCAGAACUCACUGGAGCAGUGGGCUGCCUGGCUGGACGGUGUUGUCUCCCAGGUCCUAAAGCCCUACCAGGCCAGCCCUGCCUUCCCCAAAGCUGCUAAACUCUUUCUGCUCAGAUGGAGUUUCUACAGCUCUAUGGUAAUCAGAGAUCUGACACUGCGCAGCGCAGCCAGUUUUGGCUCCUUUCAUCUCAUCCGCUUGCUGUAUGAUGAGUACAUGUAUUACCUAAUAGAGCACAGAGUGGCUCAGGCUAAAGGGGAGACCCCUAUCGCAGUUAUGGGCGAGUUUGCUAGCCUUGGUCGCAGUCUUAACACACUGGAUCCUGAUAAAGAAGAGGAAGAUGAGGAGGACGAGGAGAGUGAUGAUGAAUGUCAGGAAUUAGCUUUGCCUGCUGAUGGAGCCGCCCUCGGUGAGGAAUCUCUGGAGCCGCCUGCUAAGCUCGCUCGGACCGAUCGAGUGCUCUUCAGCCACACAGAGAACUGAGAAUGCACCCCCCACACACACACACACAGACAAACACAAACAAACACACACAAAUACACAUUUGUUUUGUACACAUAGUGAAAACAUGCUGCAGUUCACAUAAACCUAUUCACAUGUACUUACUCAAACCUAUACACCGAAACACACACGCACACAGACACAUAAACACACACACUCCUCUAUGAAUUAAUCUGUAGCUUAUGUGUGAUUACAACAGUCUUUGGCAGAUAUCUUUCUACUGAAAGCGGAAAAGAGAACCUGUUUACUCGAAACUCGCCUAUAACAGAAGUCUCAGGGUGGAAACGGUUAAUGACGUAGUAUAUCAGCAUGUUAUCAACUGCCCUUACAAACUACCCUCAGACCUCCCAAAUAAUUGGCUUUUAAGUUAUGUUCUUUCUGUUUCAGUAUGACAAACGGCGCCAAAACAAUACUCUGAGUAAUCACACAUACACUACAGGUGUGUAGAUAUCUGACUGAAACACUCCGGGGUGAGAAUACAAUCGCUGGCACGAUUUUUAAUGUUACAGAGGCGUGUAUUAGAAUCCGGACUGACGCCACACAGACACACACUAAUUAGAAAAAGAUGCGUCUCAGUCAGUCUAAAGAUCUGCACACAUAGCCGAGACGUUUUUUUUUUUCUUCUCCUCGCGCCUCCACCCUGGCACUGCGUCUGCCCCUUACAGAGCUGUAUAGAAGAAAGCAACAAAAAAAUGUGACACUCCAAGUGAGUAUUUUUGCAGUCGCACCGGAGCCACCGAGCUACGUGAGCAUCUGUCUGACAAACACCCGCAGCCUGUGAGGGUGACAAAUGGGCGCAAGUAGGUGCCAGUAGAAUGACUGUAAACAUGUAUGUCCGUGCGCCUGUGUGUGUGCGUGCUGUGUAUUUUCUGCGGCAGCCCCGCUUUGUGUCGUCUGUGUGUUUGUGGGUGGACCAGGGGGCCUUCCUGCCGUGCUGAUUCGAGUGAAUGUCGUACUUUUUGGUGUGAGUGAGUGUGUGUAUAUACGUGUGUGUGUAUGUUGUUCUUAAGAUAUGAUAUUGGUUGUUUUCGUUGGUGGAUAUUUUCAUGCAUCCAUUCUCUUUUGUCUUUUUUGGUUGCCUUUUGUUGUACACUACCAAGUGUUACAUACCGAGCAUACCGAGUUAAGAUUCAGUUGAAAACCUAAAGAGAGUUCCAAUUCAUAAUUCUCUGCAGUACCGUUUUCUGAAUCCUGCCUUAUAAUUUGCUCUUUUAUCUUUUUUUAAAUAUUUUUUAUUGCACUUUUUGUCUUUGGUUUUGGUGUACCAUUCCAGACUUGGUAUAGGAUUGAUAGUAUUUGUGUCGUCUAACUAGAGUCACAAAGUGGAGCCCUUCUCUGUGUUAGACUGGUGAUUUGCACUGUUUUGUGCACAUUUAAUGGUAUAUUGGUAUGUGUAUUCAAACCACUCUGGUUUUUUAUACCUGUCCGCUCGCCCUUUUUCCUUUUUAUUUAUUUAUUUAUUUAUUAAUUAUUAUUAUUAUUAUUAUUUUAUAACCAAACUGCCUACACACUGUUUUACUCAGAGAAAGGGUGUGUUAACAUCUAUACAAUGCAAAGUGGGCAGGCAGUGAUGAAUGGAGAAGUGCACUUGUGCUGUAGAAAAGCAUUGCUCUUCUUCCCUAAAGCCUAGGUUUUACUAUCUGAGAUUUUCUUUCUAACUCUCCUCAACUCGUUUAGCACUUUUAAGAAAAUAAAAAAAGAUUUGUGCUUGUGGUGUAAUGAAAACUGCUUCACAAUAAUUCAGAUCGGUUCCCCGUUCUUCGUGGGAAUCUUACAAUCCAUCACCUUGGAUCUCGGUUUUCUUAGACUGUAUAUUUUCCGUGAUACCGAAGCAACAUUGGCUGCACUCUUUUAGUGUUUACUUAUCCUGAUAAACACAAACCAGCAUGUACUUUUCUUUCCCUCACAAUCUUCUGAUACAAAGACAAAAAGACAUAUCACAAGAUGUUCUGAAGAGCAUUUCAGUACGAUAGCCAUUUUCAUAAACUGCAAGAAUUUCCCUUUUAAGGUCAUUUCAGUUUCUUAUUUAAAAAAAUGAACAAAAACAAAAAAAAAAAAAAAAAAAGAGUGACAGUGUUUUAUUAAUCUUCUAAACUAUGAGGAGGAUUGUGCCUUUGGAGUAAUCAAAUGGAAUUCAAAUGUUUUUAAUUUAAGAUAUGAAUAAAUUAAGAAUUUCUAAAACUG